CUCUUAUGACGCUACAUGCUCCCCGGAAGCGGAUCUCUACAGCUUAGCAACAUCACCAAACGAAGUUUUUGGGGAAAAUAAACCGCUCGGUCGCCGGAAUUACAAGCGCCUUCAUUAGUAAGAAACUGGCCGCAUGUAAAGGGAGAAGAUGGAGGUUCCCUCCUAUCAGUCUAAGCUUUUGUGUGAGCUGAAUGAACAGCGUAAGAGGGACUUCUUCUGUGACUGCAGCGUCAUUGUGGAGGGUCGCGUCUUCAAGGCUCACCGCAACAUUCUGUUUGCCAGCAGCGGCUAUUUCCGGGCUCUGCUGGUGCAUUACUUGCAGGACAGUGGACAUAGGCAAAGCACAGCUUCAUUGGAUAUUGUCACGGCAGAGGCAUUCUCCCUCAUUCUGGACUUCCUGUACUCAGGUCGGAUAGAUCUGCGGAGUGACAAUGUUAUUGAAAUCAUGUCAGCUGCCAGCUACUUGCAAAUGACUGAUGUAGUGAACUUUUGUAAAGGUUACAUCAAAUCAUCACUGGAGAUUUGUAACAGGGAGAAAGAGAGCCAGAGGGAGAGGGGUAGGGAGAGAGAGGGACCGGCUGAUAGUGGCACUCCAGCUUCAGUCUCCAGUGCUAAUGCAGCCUCCACGUCUCAAACAGAUAGAGGAACCCCUCAGGGUAUGGAGACACCCAACUCAGCGGAGGCUCCUUCAGAUAUUCUUUCCACACCAGCUGCUACCAGCAGCAAAGACUCUGAAAGCGAGAGCUCUCAAACAGGAUUCCCCAGCCAGCCCCCCACAAAUGCCCCUAUUAAGAACUCUGGGCAGGACAUGAUUAAUUUUUCUUCUUCAGGGCUGUUUGUGGGGUUGGUACACCCCAAGAUUAAAUUUGACCCUGAUGAGGAAGGUGAGUGCUCGCUUGAAUCUAAAGAAAUGGCCCUCUAUGUAGACCCCAGUCAUGGUGAGGACAGGACCCUUAGUUCAAGCCCUGCACCCAGCACAGAGCCAACGUCCUUGCCCAGCUAUCAGAUGAAGCAGUUUGUAGAUGUACUGCUUCGUGGAGGACCCAACCCAAACCGUGAGGAGCUUGUGCCUCAUUUUCCCCAUAGUUUAGGGAGCAGUAGUAUGAUGGGGCGAGUAGAAGAGGGUCUUGGGCACGGAGGCCCUUGCAGUAUGGAGCUGCAAAGUGACUGGUAUAUGGAAGAUGCAGGAAGACUACAUAAAUGUCCGUUCUGCCCAUACACAACCAAACAGAAGGGUAUUCUGAAAAGGCACAUCCGCUGCCACACAGGAGAAAGACCUUAUCCCUGUGAGAUCUGUGGAAAACGUUUCACACGACAGGAGCAUCUACGUACACAUGCUGUUACUGUCCACCGCUCCAGCUGGCCCAUUGUGUGUAAGGGUUGCAGACGUGUCUUCUCCGGGGUCGUUUCACAGGGACUGAAGCGAUUCGGCCUUUGUGAUGGCUGUACUUGUGUCACUACAACUAACGAGGACUCCCCAUCUAUGAACAUCAGUAGCCAAUCAGCAAGUGUGGAGCAGGGCUCAGGAGAUUCUGAUUGGCCGAUCUUCAUGGAAGAUGGAGAUGAGGAGCCCAGUGCUGGCGCUGGUGAGCUGGAUGAUAAGAAGGACAUUCAGAGACAGCUUGCAGAGGGUGGGAGUCUUCUGUAGUCACUUGGUCCUGAUCUCAUUUCAAACUUGCAGUAUCGUUAUAUUACCCUUAAUCAUGCUUCAUUAUAAUCUUAACACACAACAAUCAAGGCCUGGAAAAAAAGGUGUUAUGUACCAAAUGUUGGUAAAGUCUUAGAAAAAGAUGGAGAGCAAACCUGUCAGUGAUGCUCACUGUAGCAAGAAAGGAAGGCAAGUUGUGAGCCUUAUGCAUAUCACUGAGAGGGAACUGCAGUCAGUUUUUACAGAAUGAGUCUAUAAACUGAUUAAACCUGAUCUGAAACCAGAUUUACACAGCUUAGGUAGAAUUAACUGGAUGCCUUGUCUUACACUAAGUGCAGAAUAAAAGGUAUUUACAUCUUUGCCUUAAAAGUACAAUGCUAAGCAUUUUCCUUGAUUUUUUAUUUUUUUUUUAUUAUUUAUUUAAAAUGUUAAAUUUUUUUUAUCGUAAAUACGAUGCAGAUCUUUAAUCAUGGUCAAGUUGGUAAGAAUCAUUUAAACAUAUCGGAUGUGAAACUUUUACCUUAGAUUAUUCACAAUAGCAGUAAUGGAAUAAGGUAUUACAGUGGUAUGACUAUUUAUUUUUUACUUUGUGUGUGUGGGUGCAUCAAGAACUCUACUUAUUUAUCCUCUAGGCUGGUGAUGACCAUCCAGUCUAGAAAGAUACUGCAUUAUGCAUUUAACUGUCCACAUUUGAGAGAUGAAAAAAUGAGAAGGCAAUCAUAUUCUUAGGUUUUUGCUUAAGAAAAGCAAUUGUAUAUUGAGAAUGUUCAUUUCUAUUAUGUUUCUACAGUGUGUAACAGGAUAGUUUAAUAUGGGUUUUGAUAUUUAACUUUUUUUUAAAUGUAUUUACAGCAACAUGACUUGAGCCCACAAUGGUAAUCAUGGAUUAGUACAGUUAUUGUGUGCAGUUGAAAUAUGACCAAAGUGAAACUUUUAUAGCUUUAGUUCUAUUUACUUUCAUAUGUAUGCAAGUUCAUAUGUAAUUAUAAUUUACAGUAUGCUUACCUUUAAAGUGGUUGUGUGGGACUGACCACAGAGUUCUGAUAUUCUAAAAUAACAUGCAGAAAUAAAUGGUGAUGUUCUGUA